AUGACAGGCCAGCAACACACUUGGCUGCUUGGUGUCGGCCUCGCAGUGGCGACAAUCUCCCUUUGCGUCGCCAUUCAUGCAAGCGCCUUAAUAACGAUUGCAACUGCAUGUGUAGCUGCUUAUCUCCCUUCAUACUUGGACGGCUCAGAGUACACGGGGGAGCGCUACUGGCCAUGGUUUGCCACCUUCAUCGGACACGGCAUGGCGCACAUUCCGGGGACGCUGGAAUUCGAGGAGCCCAUUGACGCCUCCAAGCAACACAUCUUUUGUUCGCAUCCACAUGGACUGCUUUCCACCCACCACGGACUUCUCAUGUCUGGGCAGACUGUUCCUCCAUUCUACGAGACGGUACCGCUGUCUACACGACGCCACUUGGCUGCGUCCGUUUGUUUCCGGAUACCAUUCUACCGUGAAUAUGUACUCUGGUCUGGAUGUGUUGAUGCACGCCGUAGUGUGGCGGAAAAGAUGCUUCGAAAUGGCAAGAGUCUGGUGAUCUUAGUCGGGGGUAUUGCGGAGCAGAUGCUCUCUCAGCGUGGAGACCACACGAUCUACGUCAAAAAGCGCAAGGGGCACAUUCGCUUAGCACUGAAAUACGGGGUACCCAUCGUUCCCGGCUACGCGUUUGGAGAGACCGACCUGUUCACCCACUCAAGUGUGCUGUUGUCGUUCCGCCAAACGAUUGCGAAGAAGUUUUCUGUGGCGUUGCUGCUUGGACGUGGAUACUCCAAGUGGUUGUUUUGGCUACCUCAUAAAGGAGUGACCAUCAACCAGGUCUUUGGCAAACCCAUUCCAGUCUUGAAGAAGGACGACCCGAGUUCGGACGACAUCGAAAAGCUGCAUCACCAGUACGAGCGCGAGCUAGUGCGCAUUUUUGACAAGUACAAGGAGAAACAUGGAUACGGAAACUGUACGCUGCAUGUGCGCUAG